UCACCUAUGCAUUAUGCUUGUGCAUAUGGCCAUCCUGAUAUAGUGACCAUCCUACUACGCAGGAAUUGCGACAUUGAACUCUGUGACAGUUACAAAAGCACAGCACUACUUAAGGCUUCACAGAAUGGCUAUGAAGAAUCUCUGACAAUUUUAUUAGAACAUGGUGCCAAUGCAAAAGCAAUUGACAACAGUGGGAGCACAGCUCUGCACUAUGCUGUUUAUUAUAUAGAGAACAUCUCAAUGGUAUCAAAACUACUGGAAUACCAGCAAAAAGAACAAGGGAAAAAUCAGAGCCUGAUAAAAUUGGUAGCAAGCAAGGACACAAUAAAAAGGACAGAAGAAGCUGAUGAACCAGACAGGUAAGGUUAAUACUUUUAUAUAUUUUUCUUCGUGGCAUUCUAUGGUGGGUACAAUCACUCAAGCCCAAACCAUUAAGUAGGUAUGAAGAACAAUUAGACAUUCUUAGUAGGAUGCCAAGACAUACUUUCAACUAUAUAGAGAGGAAAUUAUCCAGACUGAGCAACACUAAAACGAGCAUAGCAGUGUAACAUGGAAAAUGAAUGAACUCAUAGACAGAUAUUGUGGUUCAAACCUCAAACUGAAGAGAGAAAAGCAAAGCA